AUGCUAGUUUUGGAUUUGAACAAGUCGGAUUCAAGAUUUUAAAUUUUAUGUAUUUUUAACUGAGAUUAUAGUUUACUAUUUUAAAAGUUCAAAGUUAAUGAUCAAUCAAAAUAUAAUAAUUCAAAAAAUAAAGAGCCAUUAACCAUCCCUUUCCCACCAAAAAUAAAAUAAAAUUAAAAAAACAUCAACAACAUGUUUCAUUCAACUUUUUUUGCUACCUACCAAUAUUUCAAACUAUAUAAACAAGAAGUGUACUAUAAGUCUAUCAUUAUUCAUCCACCACCACCAUUAUCUCCUCCGUCAACCGCCGCGAAAAUGGACGUAAAAAUUGAGGAAACAACCGUAAUUUACCCGUCAACGCCUCCUUUCACCGAUGACCACGUCCUCUCUCUAUCCCACCUAGACACAGAUAUAAACCUCCAUGUCACAUUUCGGUACCUUCGGGUCUAUGUCAACGACCCGAAAAACCGACCCGUAGAACGACCUGACCCGUUUCAAGUUGUCACGUCCUCUCUCUCAUCUGCCCUUGUCCACUACUACCACUACACGGGAAGCCUCGUUCGUCGUGAAGACGAACGCUUGGAGCUCCACUGCCAUGCUGGCAGUGGGGUCCCCGUGACACAUGCCGUGGUGGACUGUUCCUUGAGUGGAAUUAACUACCUUGAGGAUUACCAUGAUGUGAAUUUCCUUGAAAAAUUGGUACCCGACCCGAAAGGGGAAGAUGCUUUGACCCGACCCUUUGUUCUCCAAGUGACCCGGUUCGAGUGUGGUGGGUGGAUUCUCGGAGCCGCGAUCCAUCACUCGUUAUGUGAUGGACUCGGGGCAACCCUUUUUUUCAAUACAACGGCGGAGCUGGCUCGUGGGGCGGGUCAGGUCAAAUUCGAACCGGUCUGGGACCGAUUGAGUUUACUCGAACCUAGGAACCCGCCUCGAGUCGAGUUCCCAUUUCAUGAGUUCCUUAGUUUCGAUAAAAACUCUUUGCCUUAUAUCGAACCGAAUAAACCCGCGGUUCGAGAGUGUUUUAAGGUGAAGGAUGAGUGGUUGGACCGGCUUAAGGGUUUUUUACAUGAACAAUCCGGUUCAAAUUAUACUACUUUUGAAGCAUUAGGAGCUUUUAUAUGGAGAGCAAGGGUGAAGGCUAGUAAAAUUCCGAGCGAAGAAAAAGUGAAAUUUGCAUAUGCAACAAAUAUAAGAAGAAUAAUAAUACCAAAAUUGCCCUUUGGCUAUUGGGGAAAUGGAUGUGUCCCAAUGUAUGUUCAAUUUCUUGCACAAGAACUUGUGAAUCAACCAUUGUCAAAAACUGCAGAUUCAAUCAAGAAGAGUAAAUUCAACACGACCGAUGAAUACGUAAGAUCGUUCAUCGAUUUUCAGGAGUUGCAUUACCAUGAAGGGAUCACGGCAGGUUGUAUACCAGCAUGACAGCACCGGCCAGUUAUUUGUACUUGAAUCAUUGGAUUUCUCAUUUAGCAAAAUCGGUAGAGGGAUGCAGAAACAACUUGGAUAUUUCAUGUCACUUUGAAGUCUUAAAUCUCUCUCAUAAUCAUCUCGUUGGACUUAAGAAUGUGUGAAGAACAUGCCGUUUAUGGACUCCUGCACUGUCUUCCAUCAGUAGGUCAAUUCUCAUGGAAAAUGGGUUCGAGCUGGCGCACUAUGUAAGGCGCUGUAUUCAGAUCAGUAGAGUGGCAGUGUAACCUUAAUGCAUUAGCAAAGUGACUGUCCUAUUCAUAAGAUAUAAAGUUGUUAUGUUUCUUUCAAAGUCUAUACACCAAGAAAUAGU